AGUGCUUGCAGUUCACAUCGUUUAGGCACCAUCAUUCUUGAAGAGAUAUAUCAGGAGAGUAUAUCAACAGAGAAAUUGAUUUUAGUCAAGAACACAAAGCUCACAGUUUCUAAUACCCAUUAAUCUCACGAGUCUCAUUGCAACCAUGGAUCAAUACUUUCUUGAUCACGCUCAACGCUAUCAAGAGCUGGUGAAUCGCUUCAAACCAACACCUGUCAAGUCCAAGACCAGCAAUGAAGAGUCCAACCCUGACAUCACUAUUGCUACUCGCCUUCGGCCGAUGCUCGACGACGAGAAAGAAGGAGGACAGUUGAUUGGCGCCUUUCCUCGAAACAACGCACCUGGCGUGAUUGACUUACACGAACUGCGGAGACCAGUCAGGGGACCUCCUCCUUUGGUGUCUACAAACUAUCGUGUGGACAGGGUCUUCAACUCCGAAGACACAACCGAAGGCAUCUACCAAGAGCUCGUCAAGCCUCUUGUCCCCUGGGCGUGGGGCGGCGGUGUUAGCACCAUGUUCGCCUAUGGCCAGACAGGUUCAGGCAAAACAUACACUGUCAGCGGCCUCGAGCGCCUCAUCGCUGAAACACUCUUCUCGUGUGAUAUUCAAGGUACUCGCAACAUCUUCAUCUCUAUCAUCGAACUCGCGGGUAACUCAGCCUCUGAUCUCCUCAACGCUCGCAAACCCAUCUCUAUCCUGGAGGACUCUUUCGGGUCGACUCAUCUGGCUGGAGCUUCAGAGUACCACGUUACAGAUGCGGAUACUUUGAUCAAGCACAUCAACAAUGCGGCAUCUUUCCGACGGACUGCUUCUACGCAGAAGAACGACUCUUCGUCCCGCUCGCACGCUAUCUGCAAGAUUCGCCUCGAGAACCCUGAGCUCCCCCAAUCUGACGACGGGCUUCUCUAUCUAAUUGACCUUGCCGGUUCGGAGGCCGCAAGAGAUGUCACCGAGCAUUCAGCCCAGCGCAUCAAAGAAUCUCGAGAGAUCAAUGCUAGUCUUUCUGUGCUCAAGGACUGUAUCCGCGGGAGAGCCAGUGUCGACGCUGCAGGGCUCGCCACUGGCAAGAAGGUCUACGUACCGUUUCGACAGAGUGCUCUGACUAAAGUUCUGAAACAUGUUUUUGAUCCUGCUGCUGAGCGCAGCUGCAAAACCGUCGUCGUGGCCUGUGUCAACCCAAGCUUCCUUGACGUUGGCGCUACCAAGAACACGCUGAGAUACGGAGAAAUGCUGAGAAUUACCGUCCCUAAAGCUGCCGUGCCGAAAUAUGAUGCUUCAAAGCCGAGCACCUGGCCCCAGAACCUGCUCCACGACUGGAUUCUCAAGAACUCUGGCACCCCGCCCGUUUCUCCUACAGCUCUCGCACCCAAAGAGACGGGUAUCCAACUUCUUCGACUCCCGGUUCCAGAGUUCAUCACACGCUGCCUCAAGACCCCGGGCGUCACGCUCGAGCAAGCGACCGCCUUCCAAGCCAAAUUCUGGCGUCUUCACAUCGAUUCACAGCGAGCCGCUAACAACAAGCCAAAGGCGACCCAGAAAGACGCCAAGUCGGAGAAAGAAGCAGCUGGAAAACAGGGACUUUCAAGCCAAGACCCGAGACCCGAGAUGGCAGAUGUUCCAUUCAAAGAGCGUCUUCGGCCAGGAAUGGUGGUUAGCUGGAAUCCGUCUGAUGACACUCCAGGAUUCUAUCGUCUGCCUGGGCGUAAUCUCGUCAUGAUUCUAAGUCCCGAGGGGGAGGGAACCUUCAGAUGCGCUGUCGCUGUUCCUGCAAUCAUGCCAGGAGCUUUUGAGAUUUACCUAUGGCAACAAGUUGUCGCCCAGGUUGAUACCAUGGAAGCGGAGGUCUGGCUCGAAUACGACCCCGGAACUAGGUAUUACUAUGAAAACGUGUAAGAUGAGUGGUUGGAGGAAUUUGGGGUGAGAUCUUGGUAUGAGAUUGUAUGUAGUCGGGUGUAAGUGAGCCACGGAUGAUCGGAGGGUUGUGACAUGAGAAAAGAUAAUAUGGUAUCACAUAAAAGUUAUUGCAGUAGUGAAUAUGCUUCGGAAGUACAUGGUAAAAUGAUUUAUCUGUUUAUUGGGUUACUGAUUGGUAUGUCGAAAUUAUUCCAAUGGGAUGAAUGACGCCAAGCCACAAAGCUUCAUGAUUAUCAGAUGGGUUACAGGCAGAACAGUCCAUAGUUGGUUAAAUCCUUGUAUUAGUUU